AUGGCUCAAGCGUUUCAGACUCUAAAAGUAAACGUUAAUUAUGCAAAGGAUAAAAACGAAAUCAAAUUAUUUUUGCUUAAGUUCGAAGAUAAAGGUAUACAAACGCAAUAUGGCGAAAUGGAUAUAGAUGUUGAAGAUGAUAACCCCCAAAAUUAUAAAUAUCUUAGACAACUUCAAUUAAUAGCAAAUCGUGUAAAAGAUAAUCUUAUCAUUGAGUUGGAUGAUAUUGCUAAUUGGACAGACAGAGUCGAAAACGGGUUACUUCUCAGAAUUAAAGAAAAUAUCAGACGAUAUCUUGAUUUGUUUUAUCAAGCUAUUGACAAUAAGGAUGAUGGUUUGAUGCCUAAACCUCAAAAAGAUAUCGGAAUUGAAGAUGAUGUUAUUGAUGUAAUAAUGCAACAUCGAAAGGAUAGGGACGCACAAAGGUCCGAGGAAGAUAGGGCUCACUUUCCGCCUGUUCUGACAAGAAGAUACACCCUUUAUUUUAAACCAUUGACGACAGAUCAACCACUCUCAAUCCGAGAAGUGGGUGGUUUUUGUGUUGGUCAGUUGGUUACUGUGCAAGGAAUAAUUACUCGUGUACAUGACGUGAAACCAUUUUUAAUGGUUGCUGGGUUUUCUUGUGAAAUGUGUGGUGAAGAAGUCUUUCAGGAAGUCACAAAGAAAACCUAUCAGCCACUUAUCGAGUGUCCUUCAGAAAAUUGCAGAACAAAUAAUGUUAAAGGGAAACUGUAUAUGCAGACUCGAUCUUGUAAGUUUUUACCUUUUCAGGAAGUUAAGAUGCAGGAAAUGACGGAACAAGUACCUGUAGGUCAUAUUCCUAGAUCAAUGACUGUUUACUUAUACGGCCCUUUGACAAGAACAGUAAAUCCCGGUGAUGUCGUUAAUAUAUCAGGAAUUUAUCAGGCAACCCCGCACCAGAAUUACCGAGGUUCUAACACUCUGUUGACAGAUGUUUAUCUCGAAGCACAAUACAUUCAACAACUUAAAAAACAGUACGACAAAAUGGAAAAGGAUCCGUUGAUCCAAGAAAAGGUUCUGCAACUUUCCAGGGAUCCUAAUGCUUAUACAUUAUUGGCAAAAAGCAUCGCUCCAGAGAUAUAUGGCCAUGAAGAUGUAAAAAGGGCAUUAUUACUGCAACUCGUUGGUGGCGUAUCCAAAACAAUGGGUGAUGGGAUGAAGAUUCGUGGUGAUAUAAAUAUAUGUCUCAUGGGAGAUCCUGGUGUGGCAAAAUCACAAUUACUUAAAUACAUAUGCAAAGUGGCACCGCGAGGCGUGUACACCACUGGUCGUGGAAGUUCGGGUGUUGGUCUGACUGCUUCAGUAGAACGCGACCCAGUUACUGACGAGAUGGUACUCGAGGGUGGAGCUUUGGUGCUUGCGGAUAACGGUAUCUGUUGUAUUGAUGAAUUUGACAAAAUGGAAGAUACUGAUAGGACUGCCAUUCAUGAAGUGAUGGAACAACAAACUAUCAGUAUUAGCAAGGCAGGAAUCACUACUACAUUGAAUGCACGUACUUCCAUUCUAGCAGCCGCAAAUCCAUUACAUGGACGUUACAAUCCCAAAAUGUCUCCAACACAUAAUAUUAAUCUCCCUGCGGCUCUUAUGUCGAGAUUUGAUAUUCUAUUUUUGAUAUUGGACACACACAAUAACGACUUGGAUGAAGCAAUGGCAAGUCACGUGGCCUAUGUUCAUCAACACGGUAAACAUCCAGAUAUUGGUAUUGAUGUAUUAGACGCUAGCACUAUUAGACAUUACAUUGCCGAAGCUCGCACGAAACGUCCUGUUAUUCCGCAAGAACUUAAAGAGUACAUUGUUGGUUCGUACGUUGACCUUCGUCGCGAACAAAAAAACGACGAAAGUCGCAAGAAGGAACACUCGCAUGUAAGUCCGCGCACGAUUUUAGCGGUGAUUCGGUUGGCGACCGCUCUGGCAAGGAUUCGACUUGCCGAUAGCGUUAUACGAGAGGAUAUUGAUGAAGCGUUAAGAUUGCUUGAAAUAUCCAAGGAUUCAAUGAGGGAUAAAUCUAACUUCACCAAAGGCGAUAAAACACCGAUGUCAGCUAUUUAUGAAAUGAUUAAUGAGAUAAGGUCUCGCACAGAGGCUGACUUUUUGGAUUAUGAUCAGAUAGUAAAAGAAGUGACCGCACGUUACACAAAAGAUCAACUGGAAAGUUGUAUAGCGGAAUACCAAACCAAUAAUAUAUGGUACAUGAACGAAGAAAAAACCAAAUUGUUUUACGUCAAUGAAUCUGAUUAA